CAUGGGAGAAACAUCAGGCCACGUGUCACUAGGGUUAGCAUUCUUGAUCAUAGGAGUUUGGCAUCUCUUCAACACCAUAAAACUCCAUUCACUUAACCCAAGAUCUUACCACAUUUCACCAUGGUUCCCUCUUUCAAGACCAUCACUCAAAUACUUAGAGCCCGUCGCGAUUAUGUUGGUCACGACGGUAUUCGUUUCAAUGGAGCUCGUCUUCAAUCGAAAACAACCGAUAAUAUUAUUCAUCGCAUCUCCCUACCAACCAAUCCCUUCCAAGAAUCUCCCCCACUUAGAGCACUCCAUCAUAGCCCUCUCUUUCUUCUUCUACGCCCUUUUCGCCAUCCUUCUAGACAAAUUUUCCCGGGUCGACCCGGUUCAAAACGGGUCGACCCGAAACGGCCUGGCCCAUUUUCUCCAGGCCGUUGCAUUCGGGCAGCAGCUUCUGAUACUGCACCUUCAUUCGACCGAUCAUACGGGAGUCGAAGGGCAGUACCAUUGGCUGCUCCAAAUUGUUACGUUCGUAACCCUAAUUGCAACCCUAUUGUCUAUUGGUUACGCUAGGAGUUUCUUGGUUUCGUUUGUGAGGGCGUUUUCGGUAAUUUUGGAAGGUGUUUGGUUAGUUGUCACGGGGGUUAUGUUGUGGACGGAGAAAUUGAUGCCGGAGGGGUGUUUUAUGAGUGCGGAGAUGGGGCGGGAGGGUGUCGUUUGUGGCGGUGAUGGGGCGGCUUUGGAGCGGGCUAAAGCGUUGGUGAAUAUUGAGUUUGGGUUGUACUUGAUUUUGUUGACGGUUUUCACGAUGUGUUUGUACUUGGUGCUGGUCAAGUUGUACCCUCGAGAAACGGCGGAGUAUCGGAAGUUGACGAAGUUAUGUGAUCAAGAGGAAGAAGGGGAUGAUCAGAUCAUAUUGAAACCUCAUCAACUUUGUAUUUAAUGAAAUGGGAAGAUUUUGGCCAUAGUUUGAUUCAUUUUAUUUAAAUUCACCAACUAAAAUUUCAUUCUACAUGUGUAUAUAUAUUAAUACUAGCUGCUAGAGGUUCGAUAAAUUAAUAACAUCGCCCAAAUAAUAACUUUUUCAGGUCCCAACUCACCGUGACAACGUGUUAAUUAAAUUGUUAAUUUGAUGA